ACCGGUGGAGCACAGACUCUGAAGCUGACUGGACUCAUUUUGGAGCUUUCAAAUAAUCUGGAGAGGACCUUCAAUUUCAGGAAAGGACUUCCUUCCUGUUGGAUUAGUUUGGCUUUAGUUUGUUUAGAUUUUGAGUGGCAGCAUCUUGGACUAUAAGGUUCUAAAACUUGGACAUUCUCUGUCCUGUUGGACUUUUGCCCUUUUAUAUUCACUGCUAUACUGGCAUUGUAUCCCCUUGUUAAUGCUGACGUUGAUGGGCGAUCCUCAGAAAAGUGGAGGUGAAGUGGUAACCAUGUGGAUCCCGACCCCCAGCAUGACUCUCCCUCAGCGGGUGGUGCUGUAUGGGACGUGUGUGGUGGCGUUGAUGAACUCUGUGGGCUUCCUGGUGCUCUUGGUCCAGCAGAAUCAGCAACGCGUCUUGCUAGAGCAGACAGGCUUAAAGCUGACAGAGGUGGAGCAGAGCUCGCUGGUGGAGUUCCUCCAGGAGGUGCCGAGAGGAGCGGCGGGGAUGCGGGCGAGCGCGGGGGAACAUCCGCAAUACCAGUACUCCAGGAAUAAGAGAAGCGAAGAGCUGGAGAAGAAUCUAAAGCAGGAGAUGCAGGAGCUUCACCAGGAGGAGGGACAGGAGGUCAGCCAGGAGGUCAGCCAGGAGGUGGGAGAGGAAGCAGAGAAGAAGAUGAAGAAUGAGAUGAAGCACAAGCACCGACACGGCCAGAGUUACCACAAGGCACACUUUCAGGAUGACAUGAUGAUGAUGAUGACGUACUCCAUGGUCCCGAUCAAAUUGUUGAUCGACAUUUGCAACAGCACCAAGGGAGUCUGCAUCGCCGGACCACCAGGACCGCCUGGUUUGCCCGGUGUGGAUGGUAUGCCCGGCCACAAUGGGACUGAUGGCAUCCCCGGACUGAAUGGACUGCCCGGGGCUGAUGGGAAAAGAGGAAAAAAAGGUGAGAAAGGAGAAGCAGGUGAAAAAGGAGAGCAAGGAGAGGCUGGUUUGCCUGGAGAGAAGGGACAACCGUCCAAUGACGUCAUUAUUGAGGGCCCCCCUGGCCCUCCAGGUCCUCCUGGGGCCCCAGGACCUCCUGGCCCUCAGGGGCCUCAAAGAACAAGGCACCACAGAGCCAACCUUCAGGCUGCUCAUACCCUGGGGCUGUUACACGCAAUUCCAAAUGAUGAAACUUCAUCUGCGAAGGAGGCUGCGAAACAACAUGAGAAGCCUGCUAAGAAGAUCGAGUGCCUGAUUAAGUCUCUGAUCAACCCCAGGAAUGUGUCAAAGAUGGAGAGCACAUUUGGCACGUGGAUGAAAGACACAUCUCAGAUGAAUGAUGAGCAAAUUUGGGUGGCAGAACACUUUUCUGGUCGUGUGGUGAAGGGGUAUAAAAGCAUUGCCUCCCUCCAGAACGGCAGUAGCGAAAUUGUGGAUGUGAGAAAGUUCUACCAAGGCUGCGGCCACACUGUUCACAACGGCUCCUUCUAUUAUCACAUCGCUGGUACUUCCAGCAUUGCCAGAUUUGACUUUCACACCAAGAGGCUUCACACUCUCACUAUAGACAACGCUUUGUACCACAACCUCUCCUACCUGCUCCACAACUCCAAGACCUACUUCAAACUGGCGGCAGAUGAGAACGGCUUGUGGCUGAUCUUCGCCUCCAGCGUGGAUGAGGGCAUCAUGGUGGCCCAGCUGGACCAGAAGACCUUCUCCGUCACGUCCUACAUAAACACCACCUACCCCCGCACCAAGGCCGGCAACGCCUUCAUCGCCUGCGGUGUUCUGUAUGUCACAGACACCAAGGACACCCGAGUCACCUUUGCUUUUGACCUGCUGCAGGGAAAGCCGGUCAAUGUGACCUUUGACCUGAGGUCUCCAGGUGGUGUGCUGGCGAUGCUCUCCUACAGCCCGAAGGACAGACACCUGUAUGUGUGGGACAACAGCUACGUCAGGCUCUUCGUGGUUCACUUCAUCUCUGAUGAGUGAAAAACAUAGUGUCUGAACAUGACAGACAACACGCAGACAUGACUGUUAAAUAGUGAGAGCGAAAUGCCUGCUGACUCCACUCCACUUUAUCUCCCUUUAGAACAUUCCUGUUAGUAAUCGGUUGUUUAAAUUUCAGUUUCAGUUAAAGGGGACAUGUUAUGAAAUGUGGGUAUCUGGAGUGCCACCAACACACAAGCUGUGAAAUACGACAACGUUGUCAGUUUUUUUUGUGAAAACAUGGGAUUCAAGCAGCCAUUCAGAUAUGGCUCUCCUUCCUCCUUCACAAGCAGGGUCUUUAGAAUAUAUCAUCCUCAUCUGAGUAUCUCCACCCACAACUUGUCUUUACAAAGGGGCAUCAUAUUUUUCUCGCAAGAAAAUCAGAGCAGACUGGGCUUUUUGUGGAGGGGGUCUUAAAGAGACAGGCGACAAGCGGAGCGUUACAGGCAGACAGGCAGACAGGUGAAUACAGCUAUGUUCAGACAGACAGUAGAAAAAUAAAGAUUCUUUUUUAUAUUAAAGCAUGUAAACAUAUUCUAGUAGAAACCCAGAAUAUAAGUGACCUGAAAAUAAACAUAUGUCCCCUUUAAGGAAAUCUGUUUUUGGUUAAUAAUUAUUGUGAUAUUGUCAAAACUCUAUUUAUAAAAUGUGUAUCCUAUUUGAAAUGUACAUGUGAGAUUUUGGAUUUACUAACAGUGUGACAAUUUUUUUUUUGCAUUUUGUAUCAAGCAGUUUAUAAUUUACACAAAUUGAAUUUAUAACUCGUCCUUGUGGCCGUCUGUGUUGUAAGUCGUUACAUUAUUUAAUGUAUAUGCAUGACAAUUAUAUUUGAUGUAUUUUUUUUUAUAGAUGCACGUUAUCCCGCUGGAUAUUCUGUACAUAUAGACAAUCCACCUGCUUUUGCUAAUUCCUCUUGACAUAAAAUCAAAAAACAACAGCGCCAAAUCACCCUGAUGAAAUAAAAAGAAUUUAUUCACUUUACAAAGGUAAAACUCUGACCAUGACCUGUUCUCUCAGUCCUCCAGGCUCAAGUGCCCUUGUAAGUGUCUACCCAUGAUAUUGGCUUCUUUUGCAUUAUUACAUGCACACACACAUACACACCAGUAGGACCAUUGGUAAAACACUUAAGCUACAUACAGUACACAUAGUGGGUCGAAAGAGGGAGAGAAACACAAAUCUCUUUAAUAAAUACCAUAGA